AUGUCUCGAAGAGCGCAUAUCCGUCGACGACAGGAUAGCGAUGAUGACGAUAAUAACAGCCGACCGAACGAUGAUGAUAGUAAUGAAGUGAACAUAAACCAAGAAUCAGAUAAUGGAACUAAUAUUGAAGAUUUGAAAUUACUUCAAAAGCUUCGACAGCGUAAAAAUGGCCUCUCAGCCGAAGAACUUGCUCUUGGAAAACAAACAAACCCAAUAUUUUCUUCGAGGAAAACCGAUUCAAAUGAUCCUUUCAAAAUGAAAACUGGUGGUCUUGUCGAAAUGAAUACGGUCAAACAACAACAACAACAACAACGAUCAAAAGACUUGAGUACGAUCAAUGACAACUUUGCUCGAGAAACCAAUACGCGCGACGAAGAUACUGAAAUGCAACGUUAUAUUGAAGAGCAACUUACUAAAAUACAGCAGAAAUCCUCGAGUUCAUCUUCGGGAUUUAAUUCAGCUUCUAAUAACGAAUUAACAGCCGUAUUCGCCACGCUGAAAAAGCCCGAAGAUACUCUUUUCCAUGUUAGUAAACAUCUGAUCACUGAUCAUUCGACACAAGCAUCUGAAGAGAUGCUUUCAGAACAAAUGUUGAGUGGAAUACCAGAAGUCGAUAUCGGUGUUGAAGAAAAAAUUCGCAACAUCGAAGAAACAGAUAAAGCUAAGCGUAAAUUAAUUCAAACGAUGCGCGAUAAGAAGGGCAUAGAAAAGAAACUGGCUGCAGUUAUCGCCCAGACAUCAUCACCGAUAACUUUGUCAGACAAUGAUUCAGCUUCACCAGCGAAACCAACUGCAAUUAGUUUUGUACAACACAAACGAUUCAAUACCGAUGGCGCAGAUGGUGUAAAUUCGAAAAAAUUGAAACAGAAUCAAAUAAAGGACAUUGUCAAAUCUCAACCUGUUGUUGGAAACAAAGAAAAACAUCCGACUCUGUUAAGAGAUCCGAAAACAGAUACUGGCCCAGAAAAACCUUUGUCGGAAACAGCGACGGAUGAUUUUGUCUUUGAUCGCUUUCGCAAAAAUCUUCACGGACUACGGAACUGCAAGAUUCGUCAUGCAUAA